ACGAAUGUUAAUAAGUUUGCGCAUGUCCUGAGUUAGCCGCCUUCCCCGACACGUCUCUUGAGAAUGCGUAAAUGUGCAUCGAGUAGUAGUAUCUAGAUCUAGGGUCUAUGAGGGUCUAGCCGUUUUUCGUGUUGUAGACGCCGUGCGUGAGUGAUUGAAAACUAUAGUUACAAUAUUUAUUAAAAAAUAUAUACAUAUAUAUAUUAUUACUUUUACCUAAUUGUUGAAUAGUGUGAGAGUUUUAUACUCGAUAACAAAAGUACUAAUUGUAGAUAAUUUAAUUGCUGUGUUGUAUUGAUAUAAUACAAUAUAAAUAUAGGAAAAUGUUUAGGGAAGUUGUUAUAUACAGUAUGAAAAUGAGUCACGUUCCUAAAAUGGGUGCUAAUAUUUUCCGUAGAUUUCACUCAAGUCAUAAGAAACGAGCUAUUGUGCCACGGUCAAAUAAACUUGGUUCAGCGAGACACCUAGAUGCGCCUUUAGCAGUUCUAUCAGAUCUCGAGCAUCAACAGACCCGCAAUUACAGUUUCAUCCAUGACAGCCACUAUAUGUACACUAAGAAUCAAGAUCAUGGCGCCAAUGCUGAGGAUGUGCUUUUUGAUAUGUUCAAAAAUGAAGAGACCGAUUUGUUGUCUGUGGGAAAAUUUUUGGCUGCCUUACGAACAACCGGGUUAAGAAAAAAUGACCCACGACUUCAAGAACUUACAGAUUAUUUGAAAGCUGAGCAUUUAAAAACUGGUGGUACUGAAGGUGUUUCUCAUGAAACACAAAAACUUAAUCGUGAGCAAUUUAGAAGGAUUGUAACACCAAAUAUUGCAUUAAUAUCACGAGCAUUCCGACACCAGUUUGUAAUCCCCGACUGGGCUGGUUUAACAAAGCACAUAGAAGACUUUUAUUGGAAGUGUAAGACCAACACCGAGGGGAAAGUGGCCUCGUACAUACCUCAACUAGCCAGGAUGAACCCAGAAUAUUGGGGGGUCUCGGUGUGCACCAUUGACGGGCAGCGGUUCAGCAUCGGUGACACCACCGUUCCUUUCACUCUACAAAGUUGUAGUAAACCCCUGACCUAUGCCAUUGCACUGGAAAGUUUGGGUCCUCAAGUCGUCCAUCAGUACGUUGGUCAAGAGCCCUCGGGUCGGAAUUUCAACGAACUCGUUCUGGAUCACAAUAAGAAGCCUCACAACCCGAUGAUAAAUGCCGGCGCUAUUCUCAUCUGCUCCCUAUUGAAAAGUCUCAUAAAGCCCGAGAUGACUUUGGCCGAGAAGUUUGACUUUACGAUGAAUUGCUUCAAGAAGCUGGCAGGCGGAGAGAAUCUCGGCUUUAACAACGCUGUUUUUCUGUCAGAGCGUGAAGCCGCUGACAGAAACUAUGCCUUAGGUUUCUACAUGCGGGAACAUGGUUGUUAUCCAGACAAAAGUAAUCUCAGAGACAUAAUGGACUUUUAUUUCCAAUGCUGUGCUAUGGAGUCCAAUUGCGACGCUAUGUCCGUGAUGGCUGCUACCCUCGCCAACGGAGGCAUCUGUCCGAUUACUGAGGAGAAAGUUCUAAAGCCCGAGAGUGUUAGAGAUGUACUUAGUCUCAUGCAUAGUUGCGGGAUGUAUGAUUACAGUGGCCAGUUUGCUUUCAGAGUAGGAAUACCAGCAAAAUCAGGAGUAUCCGGCAGCUUGCUAGUAGUGAUCCCCAACGUAAUGGGCAUUUGUACCUGGUCUCCACCCCUGGACUCUCUUGGAAACUCUUGUCGAGGGGUUCAAUUUUGCGAGGAGCUCGUCAACGAGUUUAAUUUCCACAGAUACGACAAUUUGAAGCACGCUACCAACAAAAAAGACCCUCGUAGACACAAGUACGAGACCAAGGGACUGUCAAUUGUAAACUUACUCUUCAGUGCAGCCAAUGGCGACGUUACUGCUAUGCGAAGGCACCGUCUCAGCGGAAUGGAUAUGACACUAUCAGAUUAUGACGGUAGAACAGCUUUACAUUUAGCGGCGAGCGAAGGCCAUCUCGACUGCGUUGAAUUUUUGAUCGAACAGUGCGGAGUUCCUCAUGAUCCCAAGGACAGGUGGGGCAAUCGGCCUAUCGACGAAGCUGAGACCUUCGGUCAUACCCAGGUCGUCGAGUACCUCAGAAACUACGCCUUGACAUCCAAAACCGAGCAGUCUGAAGAUCCUGAAAAAACAAAUAACAACAAUAAUCAGAAUAACAACAACAAUGAUAAUAGUAAUCAUAAUUCAAACAAUUCUAACUCAAAUCCGAUUGAGACUGAUAAUGCCAAUGGAAAAUCCCCGCUUCCUUAAUUUAUUUGUUGUAUUAAGAUUAAAAAAAAAAUUUAUUGAAAAUAAGAAAGACUGUUUGUUAAAAAAGCCUUAGACUUAGUCAAUGGAACAUGUCAAUACGCUAUCAAGAUAGAUUCUUACAGCAUCUGUGAUUUAUUUAAGCUUCCUUUUAUUUUACUUUUUAUUUCUUUCUUCUUUGACUUUGAUUUUAUUAUUUAUUAUUAUU